AUGGCCAGCGGAAUCUUUAACUCCACAUACUACGGCAAGGAUUACCGCGCGGGUGCCGCCCUCCUGCGUGCCCGCCGGCCGUUCCUUGUCAAGAACGCCCUCACCGGCUUCGGUCUAUUUGCCUUCACUAUCGGUGUCUAUGUCUACACCAUCAAGGCCGUCGGCCAAGAAGAGUUUUCCGACGUGAAAGUCCCCGACGUCCCCGCGCAGAAGAACUAG